AUGGAUGAAACUCAAGUCAUCAUUGUUGGUGGUGGACCAGCAGGUCUUGCCCUGGGCCUGUCACUAGCCCGAUUGAAGAUUCAUUCCGUUAUUCUUGAAAAAGAAGCAGAGAUCACCACUGACCCCAGAGGCGUAUUCCUCACUGGAGAUGCCGUCAGAAUACUACACAGCCUCGGGAUCAACGACCUGACGGGCAUAGGUCAUGAAAUUCCACAUCUUAAUUUCCAUCUCGGUGCAUUCAAUACUCCCCCAUUCUUCUCAAUUCGUAUUGGGGACAUCAACAGUCUUGAACAAGCCUUACCAGAAGGCAUUUUGCAAAUGCAGCCCCGUCUAGAAGGGGCUUUGAGAAAGGCUAUCGAGGAGUCAAAGUUCUGUUCACUACGUGUCGCCUGUGAAGUGGUCUCGCGAUCAGAACAAGAUCCCCCAGUGAUUGACUUCAACGAUAGCCAAGGCACACGACAGCAGAUCAAAGGAGAAUGGCUCAUCGGCGCCGAUGGAAAGCUAGGUAUUGUACGGAAACACUUCCUUGAACCGGCUGUAGGCAUAAAACAACAAGACGGGCUUUAUCCUUACAGCGGCACCUGGAUAGCCGCCAACUUGAAGAUGAAGCUUCCUACUCCAGAAACUCAUCCUGAAUUUCCACUCUGGAAGUUUGGGUACUCGCCACAAGAGGUUUAUGAUCUCUUCUGGCCUGUUGGAUGGCACUUUUGCACCCCGCCUGGAAAGGCGACUGCUUCUGGAAGAUUUGGCCCUUAUGAGGAAAGACUCUGGCGUCAUGAGUUUGCUCAGGAUGAGACACUUAUCCAGGACAACUCGGAGGAGCUACUCUGGGAGCAUAUUACGCCGAUGAUCACUCUUGAGGAAGACAGCAGCCGCAGUCACAAGUUCGGCGGGCCUGUGCAUUACCCACGAGACUGUAUCGAAAUUCUACGAUGUCGUCCAUUUCACUUUGUUCACAAAGUUGUCAACCGCUGGUUCAGUGGUCGAACAAUCCUCAUCGGCGACGCAGCUCAUGUCUUUCCUCCUUUCGCCGGUCAAGGUAUUGGCAGUGGUGUCAGAGAUGCUCACCAACUUGCAUGGAGAUUAGCCCUGAUGCUCCACCCGAACUCCAAUCCCGAAAACCAAGAUAAGCUGCUCAAGUGCUGGGAAUCCGAGCGGCGUCAGAGCAUCGACGACGCAGCGCAGUUCUCUAUGAUCAAUGGUCGCAUCUGCAAUAAUGAGCCUUCUUUAUUACAACGUUUGUGCUUCCGGCUUUUGAUGUUUCUUCACGGCACAUCUGUCUUUCGGUACAUGGAUUACAUGUCCUAUAAAGAGAAAAAGGGCUUUUCGGAUGUUGGGAACGGGUUCUUUGUCAGGGAGCGAAAAGGCGGUUCUCGUCUUCCACAGAUACAUAUGAGAUCCAAGGGCCUGGCAGAAUCAUUCUUAUCGGAUGAACUCUUACGAAAGGACAAUACCAUCUUCACUCUAGUGGUUGUGGGCGACGGAAACCCCGUUAGGCAGCAAGGCUUACACGCUGAAGCAAAGGCUGCAGUCCAAGAAGCUGGACUUUCAUCCAUCAUCUCAAACGAUGCCAUCGUUGUUUAUGAUGCACAGUCAGGCGACUUAUCGCCGGGCCAAAAAAGACUUUCGGACACUGAUGGAGACCUUGGCCAUCUCACGGUCUGUUCACCUUCGGAGACCGCCGCAGCUGAUGGGCACAUGGCGAAUAGAUAUGACAGCUCGGUCUUUGGCAAGCGUCUUGGGAGAGGUACGAAGUUUGCGAUUAUUCGACCCGACUUCUUUAUCUUUGCUUGUUCUUCUAACUACGCUGGGCUGGUCAGUUCUCUGGAAUCGCUGAGAGGUUUUGUUGGGUUUGGGGGUAAGACAUAG